ACCCUGAGCUGCUACUGACUAGGAUCAGAGAGAAGUUCGGGCAACGCUUGAUCUCACACAGCAUAGUGCUGGGCUCGCCGCCUUGCUGUUAAUAAGGGGGGGAGCAAAGUGAUUUGCUGUCUCCUGGCGAUUGCGGUCCGUUGAGGCCUGGUGAUGGCAGAUGCGAGCUCGAGGACUGACAACUCAAUUGUUGUAGACCACGACGGCAAGAACCACAGGCUAGAACAGGGACAAAGUGGGGCAAUCAUGGCUUCUAAUUCUUCAGAUAGGUCUGACAGGUCCGACAAACCUUUGGACCAAAAGACACUGCGUCGUCUUGCUCAAAAUCGCGAGGCGGCAAGGAAAAGUCGGCUGAGGAAAAAGUCAUAUGUGCAACAGCUUGAAAGCAGUAAGCUGAAGCUUGCACAACUAGAGCAGGAGCUCCAGAAAGCUCGCCAGCAGGGAAUCUUCAUUUCUAGCUCAGGAGACCAAACCCAUGCCAUGAGUGGAAAUGGGGCAAUGACUUUUGACAUAGAAUACACUAGAUGGCUUGAGGACCAAAAUAAGCAAAUCAACGAGUUGAGGACUGCAGUUAAUGCUCAUGCAAGUGACAGUGACCUGCGCCUUAUUGUAGAUGGGAUAAUGGCACAUUAUGAUGAAAUAUUCAAGGUCAAAGGCGUAGCUGCCAAGGCUGAUGUGUUUCAUAUACUGUCAGGCAUGUGGAAGACACCUGCCGAAAGGUGCUUCCUUUGGCUUGGGGGUUUUCGUCCAUCUGAGCUUUUAAAGCUCCUGGCGAAUCACCUUGAACCGCUAACCGAGACACAGUUGGCUGGAUUAACCAACCUCCAGCAAUCCUCGCAGCAGGCGGAGGAUGCCCUGUCACAGGGGAUGGAAGCAUUGCAGCAAUCCUUGGCAGAUACUUUGGCUGGAUCGCUCGGUUCCUCUGGUUCUUCAGGGAACGUGGCAAACUACAUGGGUCAGAUGGCUAUGGCCAUGGGCAAGCUUGGAACACUUGAGAAUUUUCUUCGCCAGGCUGACAACCUGCGACAGCAGACCUUGCAUCAAAUGCAGCGAAUUCUGACGAUCCGACAGGCCUCCCGUGCUCUCCUAGCUAUACAUGACUACUUUUCGCGUUUGCGUGCUCUGAGUUCUCUGUGGCUCGCUAGGCCGCGGGAGUGACCAACGAUCGAUCGUCGCUCUGUGGAGUUCUGAGUUCCCCUAUGCUGAUCUGUCGAACACUAUGGAUGCUCACUAUAUGACGUAUUGCAGAUUAUGGCUACUCGGCUUCUCCUGUAAAAUUAUGUGUAGCUAUUAAUUAUUGGGUGUACUCAGGUGGUAUACAAGUAGGUGGAAUCCUGUAAUUUACAAUGAUUGUGUAACUCCGUCGGUAAUAAAAAUUAGAUAAAUCAUGAUCGGUUGUAAACAGUAAACUGUUGAUGUUUUGUUGUAAGGAAGCAAACUGUUAAUGUGC